AGCCACCCUCUCUUUCUCUCUCUUCGCUCUUUCUCUCUCUCUCUUCUCUCUCUCUACACCGCCACCACCCCGACAAUAAAAGCUUGUCUCCGCUCUCUCCCGUCCCGUACACCGCCACCACCCCGACAAUAAAAGCUUGUCUCCGCUCUCUCCCGUCCCGUCGGACGUGGCAGUCUUUCAACGGCCAAUCUUUCCCUCUUCUUUUCGCAGUAAAAUCCCUCUUCAACAUAUAACUCCAGUAAAAACUUUCUUUUUCACUCUGGACUCUUUUCACCCUCUCGACCAUUUUGCUUUUUAUUUUGGGGGGCUUCUCUCUCUGUUUCUUGCCUGCAAGAAGCGAUUCUUCCCCCUUAAUUUCUCUCUCCUUUCACUCUGUUGAAGAAGCCAUUGUACCCAACUUGCCUUUUUCACCUCUUAUCUCCUUUGCAGAGAGAUAAGAUAUCCUUUCUGGUUUUCACCUGCAACGUUUCCUGUCUCUUCUUCUUGGCGGAUUUUUCAAGGAAGCUAUUUGAAAGAGUGGUCCUUGGCAAUAGUGAUAAGUCCCUGGUUGGAGGUGCAUGGAUUUUUGCAUUGUUUUUCGGGCACCAAUCAUGUUUUGACUUGGUCCGAAAUGGUGCUCCUAACGGAGAUAAGGCCUCAUCCUUAAUAAGCUUAUCAAAAUACGGGAAAUACGUUCCCAAGAGAAUGGCAACCUGUUUCCACUUCUGAACCACUGAACUGCAUUCUGGGUUCCAGAUUCUAUCUUGGAUGGAAGAUCCAGUGAUUAUGACUCUGAAAUGUCUAUUGAAUGGUUUAAGUUGACCAGCCAGUUGGCUCUCAACUUAUUUGAGUUGAUUCCACUGUGGUAACUUAUGAGGUUUAUAAAGGGCAUCCUAUCAGAGUCUUGUCCUUCCAAAAGGUGUCGCCCUUUGAUGAUUUUGCUUAUUGAGACCCUCUGCAGCAUCAUGGACACUCUUCACUCUGAAAGCCAUGAUGAAGUUAAUGUGGUUGGGUUUGAGGUUCCGGGAUCCCCAGACUCUAGUUAUAAUAAUGUACUCCUAGGGCAAGAGGAUGGAGCGAGGGAUCCACCUCUUGUCCCUCCCCACCUUCAUCAAACUUUGUUAAGCUUCCCUUCAACUGCUGGUAGGGAGGCCUCAAAUGCUCUGCCGUUGCCUCACAAUGUGAUUCUCAACCAUCUCUACAUCGAAAACAAGGACGCCCCACGCUCAGUUGUCGCCCUUGGUCUCACCCACCGCUUUCGAUCCAAAUAUGUGACAGUCGUACUUUAUAAACCGGUUGAAAGAAGGUGAAGCCAUUUGUCUUAUUCUGGCUUUUUAAAUUAUUCUUACUUUUUUUGAAUGGUAGGUAAAAUAUGAUUCAUGCGUGGUUUCUUUCUUCUCUCUUUUUGAUAUGAGCACAUGUAUGGAAACAAGGAAAGAUUCAUGCUUGUUUGGUUAAUGAAUGUAACGGACUUGGAGGGACUGGCUUGGUACGA